AUGGUGUCUUUGAAGCUUCAGAAGCGUCUGGCCGCGUCCGUGCUCAAAUGUGGCAAACGUAAAAUCUGGCUCGACCCGAACGAGUCGAACGAGAUUGCGCUGGCGAACUCACGCCAGAACAUUCGUAAGCUUGUAAAGGAUGGCUUUGUCAUUAAGAAACCGCAGGUGAUCCAUUCGCGUGCUCGCUUUACGAAGCGUAACGAAGCGAAACGUAAAGGUCGUCACACUGGUAUCGGUAAGCGUCGUGGUACGGCGAAUGCUCGUCUACCAUUCAAGGUGAUUUGGAUGCGUCGUAUUCGUGUCCUUCGUCGUCUUUUGCGCAAGUACCGUGAAGCUAAGAAGAUUGAUAAGCACAUUUACCAUGAGCUAUACAUGCGUAGCAAGGGUAAUCAGUUCAAGAAUAAACGUGUGCUUAUGGAGACCAUUCACAAGAUGAAGGCUGAACGUCAUCGCGAAAAGACACUCAAGGAACAGUCGGAGGCCCGUAAGGAAAAGGCAAAGCUUGCUCGAGAGCGUAAGGCGAAAAAGGCUGCCGUCCCUGUUGUGGCUAAGAAGGAGUAA